GAAGGGCAUGUGGAAUAAGACGCAAGGGCCCAGUCGGCCGUAGCGGGCCUCUUUCAGCCUUUUGGAAAAACAACAUGGAAGAUAAUGCGGCAUAAGCUGCGCCGACUAGCUUAGCCCGCUAGCUAGCCGUACGGACGGUCGACGCCGCGAUGAUCACAGCGACACGCAAUAAUUACUCUCAUGUGUCAUGUUGGUUUGAUGUGUGUGGUACUGGCUUCAUCGGGGUUGCAACGCUAUGUUUUUUGUUACAUUCCAUUGCCGAAUUACAUCGGUUAUCGCGUCUCCCGAAUUAGCCUGUAUGCUAAAACAAAAUGGCGCUCAGAGGAGAAGCCCUAGCUUGCCUGCUAGUUAGCCGUGGUGGGUGGAGGGCGGUAGCCGCCCUAGUAAGAAUUGCAUAACGUCUGCGGUACUUUCAUUGGCGGCCAUAAAUUCCUAGCAUGUGUAUUUUUUUUUAUUUUUUUUUGCGUCUGCUGGCAAGACUCUAUAUGAAGAUAAGUGCGGCAACACAGGGCUACAUUUAAUCUGUGGAAGCCAAAACACCCAUUACGUGACUACAGACCACUGCAGACAUGUCACAUUUGGCUCGUGUAGACCCGUCAUGUGAAAUCGGUGCAUUUCCUCCCACAAAAACAAGCAGGACUUAUCCUCCAAGAACCAACACCACCGCUGCCUCUGAGCCCGUCCCCCUGUGUACUGAGCAGGACAGCCCUUUGUCUCAGCUGGGCUGCAGCCAUCAGACUCAACCACCUCCAGAGGGAUUGGUUACCUUGAUGGAAGGAAGCACAGCAGAUAUCUUAUUGGUUUUAUUCUAAGAGUUUUGUCAUCAAAUGUGAAGUCUUUUUUCUGAGUUGAGACAUGGAUCAAGGAGGAGGGGUGUUGGAGCUACACACUCAGGAGCUAAAGAUGCCCCACGCUAUGAUCAUGCAAGACUUUGUUGCAGGCAUGGGAGGUCUGGCUCACAUUGAUGGGGAGCACAUUGUGGUGUCUGUGCCCGAGGGUAUGCUUCUCUCUGAUGUGAUGACGGAUGAAGGCAUCCUCCUGGAGCAUGGGCUUGAGGUGGAGGGCCUGGAGACUCAUGUGGUUCAUGGCCUUGAGACAGAGGUGGUUGAAGGACUGGAGACCGAAGUGGUGGAGAGCUUACAUGCAGAUGUGGAUGUCUUGGAUGAAGAAGGCCUACAGACACAUGUUGUAGAGCUGGAGGCUCAGGUUGUCGAGGACCUAGAGGGUGAGGUAGAGAUUGAGGGUCUUGAGGCACAAGUAGUGGAGGGCCUGGAAACUGAGGUAGAUGUUGAGGACCUAGAAGCUCAUGUGGUUGAGGGCCUUGAGGAGGAGGUAGAAGUGGAGGGUUUAGAAGCUGAGGUUGUUGAAGGUCUGGAGGUUGAUGUGGAAAGUCUGCAGUCUCAAGGGGUCGAGGCCCAUGAAAUGUCCAAUGAAGACAUGGUGACCUCAGAACACAGUGUGAUCAUGCCUGAUAAUAUCCUGGGGACAGAGGUUGCAAUAGAAGAAACUCUGGACCACCACCACCACCACCACCACGUCCUUACCUCAGACCUCAUCCAGGACUCAAACCACCACCACGAUGACAUGCCAGACCAGGUGUUUGUGGCAGAGCUUCUGUCGGAGCACCAGGACAACACCCUGGACCACCAGCUGGUGUCAGAAGGCCUGAUGGUGACAGAGGACGGCUCAGAGACCAUAAUCCACGAACAGCUGCCAACUGAGGCUGUUACCCUGCAGACAGAUGAGGAUGAUGAUGCAAGAAGCAGCUCUGAGGAUUACCUCAUGAUCUCCUUGGAUGAGGUGGGAGAAAAGUUGGACAUAGGAGACACUCCCCUUGAGAUCAGCACUGAGGUAAUGGAAGAUAAGGAAUCCAAAGAGGAGGACGGAUCUGAGGUCAUCAAAGUAUACAUUUUUAAAGCUGAAGCAGACGACGAUUUAGGUGGAACAGAGGUAAUAACAGAAGAUGACUACCAGAAUGGCCAUCCUGACCUGGAAGCUGCCUCAUCAGGCAGACUGGGAGUUGGCCGCGACAAGAUGGUCUACAUGGCAGUCAAGAAUCAUCCUAAAGAAGAAGAAGACGAUGAUGAGGAUGACACCGAUGAGGAUGAUGAUGAUGACAUCAGUAUUACCAUUGAUCAGGUGAAGAAUGGAGCAGCUACACCAUUUCUACAAAUCCGAGAGGGGCUGGGUGCCAACCGUACCCUAAAACCCAAAGCUAAGAGAAAGAAGAAAGGAGAUGCACGACAGUGUCAGACUGCUGUUAUCAUUGGACCAGAUGGUAUGCCUUUGACUGUCUACCCCUGCCACUUAUGUGGAAAGAAGUUUCGCUCACGAGGCUUCUUAAAAUGCCACAUGAAGAACCACCCGAACCAUCUGCUAAAGAAGAAGUACCAGUGUACAGACUGCGACUUCACUACCAACAAGAAGGUCAGUUUCCACAACCAUUUGGAGAGUCACAAGCUGCUGAGUCACAACAGUGAGCGGUCUCCAGAAUACACUGAGUACACACGGCGCUACCACGAAUCCAGCCCCCUGGGCUCUGACAAGCUCAUCGUCAAGGACCGCGAGCCCAAACUGCAUCACUGCAAGUACUGCGAUUAUGAGACGGCAGAGCAGGGCCUUCUCAACCGUCACCUGCUGGCCGUGCACAGUAAGAACUUUGCACACGUGUGUGUCGAGUGCGCCAAAGGCUUCCGCCAUCCAUCAGAGCUGAAGAAACACAUGCGGACCCACACAGGUGAGAAGCCGUACCACUGCCCGCACUGCGAGUUCCGCUGUGCAGAUCAGUCCAAUCUAAAGACUCACAUCAAGAGCAAGCAUGGCGCUGAUCUGCCUUUCAAGUGCAGCCACUGUCCCCAAGCCUAUGCUGACGCUCGUGAACUCCAGCGUCACAUAGAGAUGGUGCAAGGCCACAAGACCCACCAGUGCCCACACUGUGAGCACAAGAGCACCAACUCCAGUGACCUGAAGCGGCACAUUAUCUCUGUUCACACCAAGGACUUUCCCCAUCAGUGUGACGUGUGUGAGAAAGGCUUUCACAGGCCCUCUGAGUUGAAGAAACAUGCGGAGACACACAAGGGAAACAAGCUGCACCAGUGCCGGCAUUGUAACUUCAACGCCCCCGACACCUUCACCCUGAGCCGCCAUAUUUUGUCCUUACAUACGAAGGACCUCCCUUUUAAGUGCAAGCGCUGCCGGCGAGGCUUCAGGCAGCCCGCUGAGCUGAAGAAGCACAUGAAGACACACAGUGGUAGAAAGGUUUAUCAGUGCCAGUAUUGUGAGUAUAACAGUACGGACGCUUCUGGCUUCAAACGCCAUGUCAUCUCCAUUCACACCAAGGACUACCCCCACCGCUGCGACUACUGCACCAAGGGCUUUAGGAGGCCUUCUGAGAAGAGCCAGCACAUAGCCAGGCACCACAAAGACAUGUUGAUGUAAAGUCAUCCCGCACACAAACACACUCCUCUUUCCCGAGUAAAUCUGUGUCACACACCCAGAGAUAAUUUUAGUGUAUUAACAAAGAAGGACAGAUGUAGGCUGUUGAUGAUGAAGACGACAACAACGUUAUAAUUGCUGUUUUGUGUUGUAAUGGGUGUAAACCUCUUCCCCCAGGGGUAAUGAAAGAACACGUUUUAGAUGUGGGUGAAGUCUAAGAAAACUGUGUACACUGAGUGGGACAACUGUAAAUUGUGUUUUGUUUUGUUGCAGAAAAUCACAUAUGAACAUAUAUUCAGGGUUUCAAAUGUCUAUAUUUUUAUACCCACUCAGCUGAAAUGCUGCAAGAUGAUGACUUUGUCCUGUAAAACAGAAAGCGGUGCUUUGUGAACGUCGUGCCAGUUCAUCAGACUGUGGACUGAGUUCACUAGUAUCUAUUUUCCUUAUCACCCAGCUUUUACUCUGACAUUUGUGUUCAGUGCCACAUGGACGGAGCCAUUCAGGAGUUCAUGAAUGGCUGUCAAUGACGUUGACACACAUUACGCACCUUAAAAAAAAAAGACAUUUCAUUAACUAACAGUUGAACUUUAAUCAUUGUGGAUUCUUCUCCCAACCCCGAACAUUUUGGAGUUCCAUUAACUGAAUCAUGUAUAAUAUAGGCUAUAUUCUGUUAAAUAUGUCUGAAAAGAUGAAUCAGAAACGUGCUGGUCUGAUCAGCCACAUCACGCGAGGAGGAUGGUUCAGUUGGUAUAUUGGUAAAAUAUCCCUUUAGUGUACACAACACAUCUCUGACACAGAUGUUUUUAUAUCUGCUAUGAUGGUGCAGAUAAUUAACAGGUGUAUGAUCACAUGAACUUCACAGAGUAGUUGUAUAACCGCCUCUGUAAGUUACAUGUGUGUGACGUCACGUAUGCCACAGAUGUGCUCUCUCAGCUAACCAUCGGAAUCGCAAUCAUGCCUGACAUCUGUCGGUCUUUAUCCCUUAAGCACUGAUGGUCACAGCUAAUCAAAAAUAGAAGUGAUUUUAACUCUCAAACGUGCUGCACCAAUACCAUUCUCUCUGAGAUUGUGUGUUUUGAGUCAGUAGAAAGCACUUUAACUUCUUUUGAAUUUAAUCACACGUAUGGGGACUAUACACGUACACUAUGAGGUCUAAAGGUCUGACACCACCGUAUAUUGACCCUACAUAAUAAACAAGUACAGAGGGCUGUGAGAGGGUAAGAUUGUUUUUAUUGUCUCUUAACAAGUGGCCACGAUCCAUCACUGCAUCACAACUGAUUUGUCAUUGAAAGUGGUGGGUGCAACCAUUUAUUGUUCUGUUCUAUGGAUAAGUGAUUGGGUUUGUGUUUUUGUUUGUUCUCACUAACAAGUUUCCCACACCCUAGUCCUACAGACCCCAAUAACCCCACCCAGUCCAAAAGCAUUGGAUUAUUCCCUUGACGUCAGUGGUCAUCAUAUUGGCAUUAGUCGUAAAGUAUGCACAUAUGCUGUCUCCAUGAAAUUAAUUGUGGUAUAUAUUAAAAAAUCCCUGCAUUUCGUGUACCUUAGUCUAUAUUUUCUUUCAGUCUGAUUGUGGAUAAACUACUGGUGGGGAAGAACCAAAAUAAACAAUUAUCUUUUUA